AUGUACUUAGAGGGAGCAUGGGGAGUGAUUGAUAAUUUUUCUUUAGUCGAUGACAAGAGAGAAGAUGCACUGGAAACUGGUGGUCUUGAUCUAGUGAUUGUUCCUGGACUGGGAUUUACUGAAGAUGGUAAAAGGCUAGGCCAGGGAAAGGGCUAUUAUGAUAGAUUUCUGCCUAGAUGCUCUGAGAAAGUAACCACUACCAUUGCUCUUGCAUUCAACGUUCAAAGAUGUAGCAAAAUACCAACUGAACCAAGUGAUGUAUUAAUCCAUCAUGUAAUAUUCUCCACAUGAGGACUUAUUCAUAUUUUUACAAAUUAAUAUUACUUCAUUAUGAUAUUGUUCACAAA